CGUCAUUGUGCUGCGACCACGAUUCAACAUCGAUGAGCAGCCAGGCUGUCCCGAGAAGUUAAGUGGGAGUGGCGCCGAGCUGCAGUGGAUCUCAAGAACCUCAGUUUUGGCGAGCCGGGUCUGCAAGCUAAUAUUUAAAAAAUGACUACACCAAACAAGACACCUCCUGGUGCUGACCCUAAGCAGUUGGAAAGGACUGGAACAGUACGGGAAAUAGGGUCACAAGCUGUUUGGUCCCUCUCAUCUUGUAAACCAGGAUUUGGAGUGGAUCAGUUACGAGAUGACAAUCUGGAAACUUACUGGCAGUCAGAUGGCUCCCAGCCUCAUUUAGUAAACAUCCAAUUCAGGAGAAAAACAACAGUGAAGACAUUAUGUAUUUAUGCUGACUACAAAUCUGAUGAAAGCUAUACACCGAGCAAGAUCUCAGUCAGAGUAGGAAAUAAUUUUCACAACCUUCAAGAAAUUCGGCAACUUGAAUUGGUGGAACCAAGUGGCUGGAUUCAUGUUCCCUUAACUGAUAAUCAUAAGAAGCCAACUCGCACAUUCAUGAUACAGAUUGCUGUUCUAGCCAAUCACCAAAAUGGAAGAGACACCCACAUGAGACAAAUUAAAAUAUAUACACCAGUGGAAGAGAGCUCCAUUGGUGAAAAUUAUAUAUUCAACAAAGGAUUUGUAUCUAGAAUAUAUUAAGAACUCUAACAACAGUGAGAAGACAAUCCAGUGAAAACUGAGCAAAAGAUUUGAAUAGUCACUUUACCAGCAAAGACAUAGGAUUGACAAAUAAGCAUAUGGAAAGGUACUUAACUUUAUUAAACAUUAGUAAAAUGCAAAUUAAGAUGACAAUGAGAUACUAUUUCACAACCAUUAGAAUGACUAUAAUUAAAGAGACAAUUGCAAGUGUUGUCAAAGAUAUGGGGGAACCAGACCUCAAACUGCUGGGGAAGAUGUAAUUAAUAUAUAACGACUUUGGAAAACAUUUGGUAAUUUCUUUAAAAAGUUAAACAUACACCUACCAUGUGACCCAGACAUUCCAUUCCUAGGCAUUUACCCAAGAGGAAAGAAAGCAUAUGUCCAUUUAAAGACUUGUACCUAAAUGUUCAUAGCCUCUCUAUUUGUAAUAUCUCAAAACUGGAAGCAACCCAGUGUUGAUAAAUAGGAGAAUGUAUAAACAAAUUGUGAUAUAGCUUUAUAGUAGAAUAUUACUGAGCAACAAAAAUGAGUGGACAGUUAAUGCAACAUGGAUAAAUUUCCAAAAUAUGUGGAGAAAAAGAAGCCAUAAAAAAAUGUACAUACUAUAUGAUGCUAUUUUUUUUUAAUUUCUAGAAAAUGCAGCUACUCAAGUGAUAGCAGAUCAGUGGUUGUGUAGGAUGUGGAGUGGGGAGAAUAAGGGAUAGACUAUUUCAGGGGAUGAUAGAAAUGUUCAUUAUCCUAACUGUGGUACUGCUUUCACAGGUAUACAUGUAUGCAAAACUUAACCAAAUUACACACUUUAAAUAUGUGCAGUUUAUUGCAUGUUAAUUAUACCUCAGUAAAGCUGAUUAAAAAAGAGCUUAUUUUACCUGUUUUACAUAGGAACCACUCAAAGAUGCUAGAUUUGAAGUAGUUAUAUUUCUUACUAUAUAAGAUCUGAGAAUAAAAAACAAACUGAAAAGUGUUUUUAAUAGUUAAAACAAUGAGAGCAAAUUCAUUGAUUCAUUUGUAAUUAGUAUAUGUUUGGGUAUUGGACAAACUGCAGUCAUAAGGUUUAAAUUUGUAAAUUUCACCUAUUAUCUAAGUAUGACACUUUCAGAAUUGUUUUUUACCUGAGGAAAUAUUAUCACAAGAAACUAUAUAAAAUGUAGAAUUGUUAAAUACAGCAGUUUAAGGAACACUAAUAAAUGCUCAACUUUAAAAAGACUAGUAGAUACUGGGUAUUGAAUUAGAUGUAAUAAAGAAACCAAGAUAAAUCUGAUGCACAGCUUGCUUUCCAGUUGCUUACAUUAUAGUAGGUCUUUAGCCAACCAAAUCAGAAAUUAGAGUGGUAAGAUCUGACAUAUUGGAGUGUAGAAGAGAACAAAGAGCUGACUUCCUGUUCAGGAAGAUAGAGGUGAAAAUAAGACACUGUGGAGGAGGUAGAAUUUUGGAAAGAAAGACUGUAAUACCAGCUAGUUAUUCACUUUCCAAGUCUAUUCUUGAAUCCAGACUAUCAUUGUUUGUGUAUGAGUAGCAACAGUUAAUUUGAAACAGAUGAUUUGUGUGUUCAGAAUCAAGUGAUGUUUUGUAAUUUAUUCUAGUUUGAAAGUUUCCAACGAUUCAAACACAGACAAAUCUUGAAAAGUAAUUUUAGACACCAUGCCUUCUGUUCCUUUAGCCAUUAUGACUACUAAUUUAGUGCAAAUUAAUGCACAACCAUAUCAAUUUUUAGUAUAAAAUUUUAUGAAUCUACUAGUUGAGCCAUGAUCUUUUAUAUGUUUCUAGUGUUUUAGGAAAUUGUUACUGUUCUAAAAUUCUUAAUUAAUUAAAUGUCAUAUUUUUAACUGAA